AUUGAAACUGAAUCUGCUAUACAGAAAGCUGUAGAGUGCUCACAAUAUGGAAUCCUUGUAGAUAAGUCAACUUAUGGAAAGAAUAAAUAUUUUGUAAUCUGUAUUAUGUUUUGGGAUCAUAAAAAAAAUAUACUGUCAGUUAUUGUAACCAAUCUUGAAGAUUUGUAUAAAUGUACUGGUCAAUCAGUUGCGGAUAGUAUUCUUAAAACAAUUACAAAUCAUG